CUCGGCGGGCUCGGUUUGGUUCACGACGCUGUUUGGCCCUUUCGUCUGGGAGUGGAUUCUUCUCGGCAUUGGGUUCACUCCAGUACCGGCGUUUGGGAAGCUGAGUGAAUUCGUCGGUCUCCUAAUAACGAGAGACAGGGCAGCGGCUGGAGAGAGCAGCGGCGCCGUCGAGUCGCUCAGGCGCAAGCCGCAACCCUCCCGCCCCAGCUCCCCCAAACGGGGGCCGAAACCCGGAGCUUGGAAGAAUAAGCAGGAAAUGGCGGACGAGGCGUUGUUUUUGCUUCUCCAUAACGAGAUAGUGUCUGGAGUGUACAAGUCCGCGGAGCAGGGGGAGGUGGAAAAUGGACGAUGUAUUACUAAGCUGGAAAACAUGGGGUUUCGAGUGGGACAAGGAUUGAUAGAAAGGUUUACAAAAGAUACGGCAAGGUUCAAGGAUGAAUUAGAUAUCAUGAAGUUCAUUUGUAAAGAUUUUUGGACUACAGUAUUCAAGAAACAAAUAGACAAUCUAAGGACAAAUCAUCAGGGCAUCUACGUACUUCAGGACAACAAAUUUCGUUUGCUUACUCAGAUGUCUGCGGGAAAACAGUAUUUAGAACAUGCAUCUAAGUAUUUAGCAUUUACAUGUGGCUUAAUCAGAGGUGGCUUAUCAAAUUUGGGGAUAAAAAGUAUUGUAACAGCUGAAGUGUCUUCAAUGCCUGCAUGCAAAUUUCAGGUGAUGAUACAGAAGCUGUAGAACGUACUGAAAUGCAAGGCUUCAACAGUUUAAAGAGAUAAAUUAUUCAUGUAUAAAGUA